GGUACGGUACGGUAUGGUAUGGUACUAUUACUCCGUACACAGGAACCGCUCCGGGCGCAGGGUCCAGACUUCAGACCCUACGGGCUUUGACCUGCCGGUCUCAAUCAAGGUCCCCCCCCGUGACGGGGUUUUCUUCCUAGCCUUGCUUUGAAAAACCUCCGGCCUGUUGAUCUCGCUUCUUGAUUUUCCAACGUUCGCCCCGACUGAGCUAACUAGAACCCAAACGACAGGGCCCCGCUUGCAGGAUAAAUGGUGAUAAGUAAUCCACCUACUAAUAAGCCUCACUUGUAGUUUACAAACGAUGAUGCCACAACCAAAUCUCCACUACACCGCGCCGAGAUGACUUUGCGCUCAUCUCAUGGCAACGAGAGCAACAUCGUGGGCUUGGCUUCGCCGUCCGUCUGAUCACUCAGGCCGACACGGGAUUACCUACCUACCAUUGCUGCAACGUCGGUUGCAUAGUCCCCAGAGAUGGCCAGAUUUCCCACUCGACGACUGGACCCCCGACCAUAGAAUAAACGUGUCUGUUCGCGCGGACCGAGUUUCUGCUGAAUCAUCAACAACCCUGCCCGUUUUCGGCACAGACCUGCCGCCCGAUGACUCUUGUACGGUACAUGAGCUUCGGAUGCUACGCUUCUGCAUCCGUAUGCAGUCGACGACAAGGCCCGCCCCGGUGCCUAUGUCUUUGCCAUUGCCAUGGGAGACGCUGCACAGCUCCUCGAAUCAAGACUUCUCCUCCUCUACCAAAGCGGCAUGCCAAGCGAUGGUGGUGUGUGUUUGUGUGUGUGUUUUUUCUUCUUCUUCUUUUUCGUCAUCAAUGCCUACUUCUGGGCCGCCCGCACUCUCUUUCCAGUGGGCGAUGGGGGGGGCUAUGGCAACACGUACUUGGGCCGAAUCAGCGUUUUCAGGAGACGCUGCGCCACGGUCUCGACUUUUGAUUCGCUUUUGUUUUCUUUUUGCUUUCCCACUCCAAUCAUCGUGCAGUCUACGAUGUACACUAGGUACAUCCCUCUGCAGGAACUUCCGCUUCCGUUUCCUUCAGAGGCCCGAGCUUGACCGGACUCCCCAGGUCUCCCCCAGAUAAACUCCUCACUAUCCGCUCAAGAGCUUAUUCCGGCGUCGAUGGCAGCGGUGAAGAAGAAAUGGAAUCAAAUCGGAAGCCACAAUGGCCUGGUUUUGCGCGUCUCUAUCUUUUAUUUUACUUUUAUUUUAUUCUUUUUGCCGCAUCCAAGUUAUGUGCCAG